CAUUCUCAGAGAAAACAAUGGCGGCAGAAGCUGCGGGUGGAGCUGCUAUCCAAUUUCUGCUAGAGAAGCUGAUAUCAGUUUCCGGGGAGCAGAUCAGCCUCUAUCGAGAUUUCAAGAAAGACUUGAAAAGGCUAAAAAGUUCAAUCUCCAUGAUUCAAAGUUUCUUGAACGAUGCGGAGAAGAAGCAAAUCACCGACGAAACUGUCGAACGCUGGUUAAGGAAGCUUGAAGGUGUGGCUUUCGAUGCCGAUAAUGUCUUUGAUGAGCUCCAUUAUCAACAUCUCUCCAAGGAAAUUCAGAAGCAUGACAAAAUGAAGAAGAAGAACAAGUGCCAUUUUUUGAUCUUCCCACAAUGCAUUCCAAAUACACGUCGACUAAAAAUGGCACGUAAAAUCAAUGAUAUCAUUCAAAACUUUGAAGAGAUCAACAAGGAGGCGACCGACUAUGACCUUCAAAAGGCAGUGGUAGGUGCUUAUGCUCCGCUUACUGGAUCAUCUGUAGGCCUUGAAACUGAUUCAUUCAGUAUCGAUCCGAUUUUUCUUGGAAGAGAAAAUGAUGUGUCUGAAAUAGUGAAGAUGAUGACUACUCUUCCAAAUGAUCAAGUACUCUCUAUCCUCCCCAUUUGCGGGAUGGGAGGACUCGGAAAAACAACGGUAGCUCAGAACGUGUUUGAUCAUGAAGCCAUAAAGAUUCAUUUUGCUAAGUGUUUUUGGGUGCAUGUCUCUCAAAACUUCGAUGGCAAGAUUCUUUUCAACAAAAUUCUUAUAUUGUUAACAGGAACAAACGCCGGACUUGGAGAUAAACAACCGGUUCUGGAAAAGCUUCAAAAGGAGUUGGGAGCUCAAAGAUUUCUACUUGUUCUUGACGAUGUUUGGAAUGAAAAUCCUGAAAUAUGGGAUGAUUUUAGUAAUUCGUUGAGAAAAAUUAGUUCCGCUACGGGAAAUGGCGUCGUUGUUACUACGCGAAGUGAAAAUGUUGCUUCACUAGUAACAACACUCCCUACUAUGCACAAACUAAAGCACUUGCCAGAAGGUGAGUGUUGGUCUAUAAUCAAAGCAAAAUCCUUUGGAGAAGGUAGUGUUCCAUUAGAAUAUGAGACCGUUGGAGUAUCUAUUGCAAAUCGAUGUCAAGGUUUGCCGUUGGCAGCCAAAGUGGUUGGGGGGUUGUUGCGCGGUAAGUUGAUUGAUGAGUGGCAAUCGAUUGAUGAGAAAUGGCUCUCAUAUUCACGAGAUGAAAAUCCAGUCUCCAAGAUUUUAAAAUUGAGUUUUGACUAUUUGUCGCCACCAUCACUCAAAAAGUGUUUUGCAUAUUGUUCCAUAUUUCCUAAAGGAUAUGGCUUCGAAAGAAAACGUUUGGUUGAGCUGUGGAUGGCAGAGGGAUUUCUUGGAGGAAGUGAUGAUAUGGAGAUUGUCGGCAAUAAAUUCUUUAAUCUUCUUUCACAAAACUCGCUGUUACACAAUGUGGAGAGAAGCAUGUAUUAUAACAUGCAUGAUCUUGUGCACGAUCUAGCAUCCUCUAUUUUAAAUCCAAAGACAGAUAAUAUAUCGGACGAGGCGUACCAAGUUCGGUAUAUCAGCCUGCAAUCUACUGAUGCUGAAACAAGUCAUAUCCUAAAAGAACACGCAAGAUAUCUUCGUACAUUACAUUUCGAAUGUGACGUACUUAAUAUCAUGUUUUCAGAUUUCAAAUGCCUGCAUGCUCUAAUUAUCGUCAAAGAUGGAGUUGAAAGCAAUGAUGAAGAUCUAGAGUUGCCAAGUUCGAUAGGGGAGCUAAUACACUUGAGAUGUCUUGACAUUUCAGGGACAACAAUUAAAUGUUUGCCAGACUCUGUUGGCGAACUCUAUCACUUGCAGACAUUAAGAGCAUGUGGUGCCUUGGAGAAACUGCCAAAUACAUUGAAGCACUUGAUUAGCUUAAGACAUCUCCACAUUCCUCGAAUAGAAUUAUUUUCAGAGAUGGGAAGAUUAACUUCUCUUCGAACACUACCGUACUUUGGAGUGGGCGAUGAAAAUGGUCGAGGAAUUGGUGAGCUCGGAAGCUUGAAGAACCUGGAAGGAAAACUAGAGAUUUAUAAUCUUGAAAAUGUGCAUGACAAAGAAGAGGCUAUGAGUGCAGAUUUAUUACGAAAGCCAGACAUAGUCAAGUUAAAUCUUACAUGGGAUGAAGAUAGAGAAGGUGGAAAUGGCGAUGAGAGUGUGUUGGAGGGCCUCCAACCCCACCCAAAUUUAGAGAGCUUAAAUAUUUGUGGAUUUGGAGGAAGAAGUUUGCCAUCAUGGUGUUUAAAUAUGUCGGGGCUUAAUAAAUUGAUGGAGAUAACACUUGAUAGAUGCAAAGAAUGUGAACAAGUCCCAAUGCUAGGGCACUUGCCACAUUUGAAGAAUCUUUAUCUGGAUGGUCUGGUGAAUGUGAGAUCCAUAGGUUCCUCGUUUUACGGAAUUGAUGACAAAUGUGUUUCCAAGAAUACAUUAAUUAAUGUGUUUCCGGCACUUGAAAGGCUGGAGUUGAGGGGAAUGUCAGAGCUGACGGAGUGGCUAGAAGCUGAAUUGCCAAGUGCAACACUUGAAAAUGAACAAUUACCUACGGUAUUUUCUCGCCUCGAGUACUUGCGGAUUAAAGAUUGCAGGCAAUUUAAGAGUGCUCCGAGUCACUUUCCAUGCCUUAAAGAAUUGCUGAUUGGUGAUGUGGAGAGCGAAUUACCUUUGGCAAGUUUAUGUGGUAUCAACUUAAUCUCUCUUACAAAGCUCCGAAUUGAGUCAAUUGAUGGAUUGACGUGUCUCCCAGAUUGGCUUUUCCGUAAAAAUCAAAAUCUGUCGAAGUUGGAGAUAAGUGGUUGUCGCAACUUAACGCAUCUAGUUCCGUGCUUGGAAGGUGGAGGAACUGCUCUUAGGACCUUGGAGAUAUAUAAUUGUCCGAAAUUGAGAGAAUUACCUGAUGAUCUACACACCCUCAGUGCUCUCGAGAUAUUGAGAAUAGAAGAUUGUCCAAACCUGAAGACAAUACCAUAUCCACAUGAAACACAUAAUAAUGAUUACGAUGAGCAAUUAUUAUUAGGCUUGAGUAGCCUUUCGGAAUUGGUUAUUGUAGACUGCGGAGGGCUAACCAAUUUGCCAAGUGAAAUGAUAGAGUCAUGUGCGCAGUCCCUGGAGAGUUUGACACUGACAGGAUUAAUAAAUUUAAGGAUGAACAUGGGAACUUUGAUUGGGUAUUGUUUGCAGAAAAUGCCUCGUCUCUCUACGUUGUCCAUUGUUGAUGUUCCAGUCACUAAUAAUUCCUCGGAAAUUGUUGGUUUUUUUUCUCUUAACAACUUAACAUAUUUAGCAAUGAGUUGUGACAAGUACUCAAUUUCAUGUGUUGCUGACUUGCUGCCAUCUUGA